AUGAAAACAGUAGCCUUGAUAAGCGGGGGUAAAGAUAGCUGCUAUAACAUGCUAGAAUGUGUACGGCAUGGUCAUCAGAUAGUUGCAUUAGCUAAUUUGUACCCGGAUGGAAGUCAAGAUGAAUUAGAUAGUUAUAUGUUUCAAACGGUUGGUCAUCAAGCUAUCCACUUAUAUGCCGACGCAAUGAAUUUACCGCUGUAUCGUCACCCUCUCAAAGGUUCCUCUAUUGCAACUGAUCGUUACUACUCACCUACUGCAAAAGACGAAGUGGAAGAUUUGUAUGAGUUACUGAAAGAAGUACAAAACGAUAUCGAAAUUGAAGCAGUCUCUGUUGGUGCCAUACUAUCUAAUUAUCAAAGGGUUAGAGUAGAAAAUGUGUGUUCCCGACUUGGAUUAGUUAGUCUAGCAUAUUUAUGGCAAAGGGACCAACAAGAUCUUCUUAUGGAGAUGAUCGACGAUGGCAUAGAUGCUCGAAUAAUCAAAGUUGCAGCAUUAGGCUUAGAGCCUCAGAAGCACCUUGGUAAAAGUCUUCAAGAAAUAGCUCCAGUGAUGAGAAGAUUUAAUCAAAAGUAUGGAUUAAACAUAUGUGGUGAAGGUGGAGAAUAUGAAACAUUUACACUGGAUUGUCCACUUUUUACUCAAAAAAUUAUUAUUGAUAGGCAGGAAAUAUUGAUACAUUCAGAUGAUGCUUUCGCGCCUGUAGGGUAUUUAAGAUUUCAGGAAAUGCAUUUGCAGGCUAAAGAUGUAAGACUUUUUUAA